AUGGGGCCGGUGGUGCAGAGCUCCCGGCCAUGGGUGGAGAAAUAGUAUGCUCUUCAGCAACUCGCUCCCUCUCCUCCUUGAUCUCCAACGAAACUGCUUCUUGCGUCCGAUCAUCUCCUCUUUCGCUGUCGUCUUUUCUUCACCGUGAAGUUCUGGUUCACAAGAUCGGGUCUGAUUUCUUCUUUUUCUGUGGGAUCGCCAACGGAACGCAGCCGUCCAAGGCAGGUGAAGGAUGUGGCUCAUCAGGAGGAGGUCGUCCGCGUGCUCACCAACACACUCGAAACUGCCAACGUAUGAUCGUUCACUCUUCAUCCUCGCCCUUUUGUACCCACGCACACAACUACAUCGACAUUACCGUCCUUCAUGUUGCCUUACGUCACAUUCCUGCUGUAUUUUUUUCCAGUUUCCUCACAUGCUCUUCUACGGUCCCCCGGGGACAGGGAAGACGACAACCGCCCUUGCCAUCGCCCACCAGCUUUUCGGGUAUAGAUUCCCUCUCUUCUUUCAUUCCUCAUUGAACAUGUGGACUGCGACCGGAUGUCCUUUAAAUGCUUUAAGCUGUUUCAAAUGUCCGUGUGAAGAUGAAAGGGAACUAGUGCUGAGGCUGCAUGCUUACAAUGCAGUUCUCCGGAAAUCUGGCAUUUUUCAUCUUCUGUCUCCGAAUCACGUUGGGAAUCAUGUAUGCAGCGAUAUUAAGGCGCCGUACUCUUUCACCAUGCUUGAUGAGGAAUGCCAGCCGUCGUUUAAUGAUCACCUUUCUAAUGUCAGAAAGGAGUAUAACUUGGAAAUUAAAUGUCGAAAAUUAAAUGAAUCAUUUAGAUUGUGACAUAAUUCUAGUAAUGUUGACUUUUAGAAGUUAGUAUGAGGCUUGCAUUCAAGAGGAUGUGGCUCUUAAGUAGAUUCUACGUUAUCUCUAUUCUUUGGAUUGAAUGGUUCAAAAUUCUGUAAAUCUGUAAAGAAGUAAACUUUGAUGAGACUGUCAGAGCGCUACGAGGUUUACCAAAGUGUCGCCCUAGCCAAGGUGGCUGUACAUACAGUUAAAUGAUGGCGGCAAUGCUGAAGUUGGCAAAAUCUCAAAACUUUUGGCUAGCUUGACACCGUGGUUUCCGUACUUUAUAUAUUAUUCAUGUCUACGAUUCUUUGCAUUGCCUUGACGCUAUUUUAUGCCCUACAGGGGCGAUGGGACAUAUAAAGCAUUGUUUUAUUCCUCUCUGCAACUUACAAUCAGUAAACAGGCCAUUUAAUUCAGCUAGUUUAUCAGCCUGAAUAAGAGCUGACUCUUUUGUUUCUGGAUUGAAUUGUUUAUAAGUCUGAAUAAGACCUCCCUCUUCUGUUUUUGGACUGAAUGCCUUCUCUAGUCACUAAAAGAGUUUGUCCUUGGUUUCUACUAACACUUGUAAGUUAGCAUAAAUCACUGAACAAGUUUGUGGAGUUUCGUGCUGUUGGGAACAUUUUCUCUUCCCUCCACUGAUGCUACUUUAUGAUAUUUUUGGUUCUUCCUAUUUUGUGCUGAACACUUGUCCAUGUUAGUUAUUAAAAAACAACCUUAUUUUGGAGACAAUAUCAUGGAAAUGGAAGAAAUCUAUUUACAAGGACCAUCCAAUAGGAGAGGCUUAGAGUAUCUGCGAUUAUUCCAGCUAACUUGGGUAAGCUUGGGCCAUCUGAGACCAGAUUAUAGAGUGCAAUGACAUCGUCUUUUGCCAGAUUGUUGUGUGGUAAGGUUUCUAGGACAAUUAAUCUUUCUACAAAAAUGUUUUGGUUGGCUGAUUGAUCGAAUACUACUAUGAAAACUGAGAAGGCCAGAAUUCUUCAUAUUCGCUUCUAAGUAAUCCUGUUUUUAAUUAUCAAGUGAAUACUAUUUACUUGAAAACACGAACUUAGAUGCCAGAAGCAGUGCUAGAGAUGAAAAUUUAUUGAUAUUUCAGCAUUUCAAUAUGGCUGCCCAACUCCAUGUUGCUAAUGGUCCGGUUUUAUACUUGGUUUACAGGUGCUUAUAAUUUAUAUUUUUGAUUAUCAGGCCUGAGCUUUACAAAUCAAGAGUAUUAGAGUUGAAUGCAAGUGAUGAUCGUGGAAUCAAUGUAGUACGGACUAAAAUCAAGGAUUUUGCUGCUGUUGCUGUUAGUUCUGGCAGCCGUCAGAGGUACAUCCCAUUAAAUCUGAAACUGACUUUGCUCAUGCUAUUUGCUGUGGUUGAAGUAGCUUGUGUUUCUUGUAUUCUUUAGUGGAUAUCCAUGCCCUCCUUAUAAGAUUAUUAUCCUGGAUGAAGCUGAUUCGAUGACUGAAGAUGCUCAGGUACAUAUGUUUUGCCGUAUGCGUGCACCACUUAUUUGUUUAGUUUUAUGACCGGUAUAUAUUCAACUAAAUGUAUAACAAAAUAUUUGCUGGGCAGAAUGCAUUACGACGUACCAUGGAGACAUACUCUAGGGUUACUCGAUUCAUUUUCAUAUGUAAUUAUAUCAGCAGGUAUUAUGCCGCUCUUUAUGUUGCUGGUUUUCCAAUGCAUCAUCUAGGAUGCGAGGGUCUAAUUAUAUUCCUCUCGUGUAGGAUUAUAGAGCCACUUGCUUCCAGAUGCGCAAAAUUUAGGUUCAAAUCUCUUUCCGAGGAAAUCAUGAGUAGUCGAAUAUUACACAUCUGUAAGGAAGAGGGUCUCAGCUUAGAUUCAGAGGUAUGGGCUUGCCGUUAACGUUUCUGUGAACUACUCUUCUCACUGUCCAUUUGCUUUAAUGUUUCUCAAUGAAUGUCAUAGGCUCUUUCAACUCUAGGGACCAUCUCUGAGGGUGACCUUCGUCGAGCUAUAACAUACUUGCAGGUUCUAUUCGUGCUUUUGAAUUUAUACUAGAGGCACUCUAUCAAAUGUCUCUGAGUGGUCCAGUCAUUUCGUUUCAUCUUUGUUCGUCUUUUUACUACCGUGCCUGGCUAAAUGACCGUCCACAAUCUUCGUGUCAAACAAUGGCACAAUUGCUUCUUAGAUUCCUUCUUGUUUUUAUUCUUUUAGAGUGCGGCCCGCCUGUUUGGAUCAUUGAUUUCGUCGGAAAAUCUCAUCGGUGUUUCUGGGGUAAGUUCACCUGACCUGUUUGCUUUGCUUUCCCCUCUACGAAAUAUUCUUUUCAAUGGUCUUGCAUGGGCUGACCAAUCCAUGCUUUCUUAUGAUUAGGUAUUUUGCUAGAAAUCAUGAUAAGAUGAAUUGCUUAUUAUCAGUUCUUUCCUUGACCUGAAAAUAUGGCUCUCUUUUCAGCUACAAAUCAUUAGAUGACUAGGUUUGAGUGAGCAUUUCAUGAGCAGGAGUUCCUCUUGGUCUUCAGGCUUAAACAGUCUGUGCACAUACUGACCUGGGACAGCUAAUCAUUGUACAUAUUAGAUGUUUGCAUAUGAAUAGAUGCAAAAUAAAAAACUGAAGCACCGGAACACUACCAAGUUUGCAGAACCCACUGAAUGUUAUAACGCUGAUCAAUUUAUUUAUUUUUGGCUUCUACGGAUCCAAAUAGGGUACGAUGUAAACCCUCUAGGUCCCUAGAGGGUAAAUAAUAAAACCCUAUAAGAAAAAUAGAGGGGUAGGUGACAACAGGGAUCCCUAUCCUUCCACCAUGUAGAAGGUGAUCUAUGAUUGCAUAUUUCUGCCACAAUUUUAUCCCGUCUACGGUUAUUUUUUGUCUCUGGUAUCACUCAAGAUGUAAAAGAUUCAAGAAAAAUGAGGCUUUUAGAUUAUCCAUUGCCGGGGAGAUUGUUACUGAUAUAUAUCUAUAUAUAGGCAUACGAGUUUUCUUUUCUUUUCUACUGAUCACUUCAUAUUUUAUUCACCGCCUCAAGGUUCUUCUAUCAUAUAAUACCUCCCCAUCACAGAAAGGAAUGUGAAAACAGUUUGGGAAAUUAUUAGUUACCUGAUGAUUUCGGUCCUAGAGCCUGCAAAAUCUCCUACCUCUCUGUAUUGAGAGAACCACGUGUAAAAAGAUAGACAGAUUUGACCUUGGCGUCCUAUAUUGUGGGUUUUUAAAAUGCAUAAAUAAAUAAAUACGUAAAUAAACUAGGUGGUUCAGAAUUAUUAGCCAUGACUCCUAUGUACACCGUGCUAUGUCAGGUAAUUCCCCUGGGAGUCGUCCAGUCCCUCUUUGCAGCCUGCAGAUCCGGAGAAUUUGAUGUGGCCAACAAGGUGGUGACCGACAUUAUCGCCGAGGGAUAUCCUGUUUCUCACAUACUCUCCCAGGUCUUUAUCUCGACUUCUUGAACCCCUUGUGGACACUUUAACCACCCUCAAAGUGACCCCCGCCACUUCCUCCUCCGGCAGCUGUUCGACGUGAUCACCGCCGCCGAGGACAUACCCGACGACCAGAAGGCGAAGAUCUGCAAGCGGCUGGCCGAAGCCGACAAGGUCAGCGGCCUUCAGCCCCUCCCUCCCCCCCCUCUUGCGGCGAGGACCUUCUCCUGCUGUUUCGACUGAUCAUUCCCGCCGUGUUCUCCCCUGCGCAGCGCCUGGUCGACGGGGCUGACGAGUACCUGCAACUGAUGGACGUGGCCAGCAACACCAUGCGAGCCCUCUGUAACCUGGAGCAGGAGUUCGAAGCCUGA